GUUUUCACUUCCGGGACGGUGUUCCGGCCCAUUCCGGCCCAUUUCCACCCCCGGAGCUCUCGCCCCUCCGGUGCCGACGGUAGAGAAAGACCUUACUCCAGGGGCCUCCUCCUCGCUGGGGCAUUGCCGGGAAGAGCAAACAAAAAAGGCGCUGGUGUAGGCUCCAAAAUAGACACAUCUGAAUUCAGGAUGGCAUCGACAGAGGCUCUAAUUGGAUUAAAAGUUUGCAAACAAACAAAAACGCUUUGGAAAAAGCAGGGUUGAAUGCCUGCCUACACCCUCAGGCCCCACCAUGGAGAAGGGUGGUAACAUACAACUGGAGAUCCCUGACUUCAGCAACUCUGUCCUGAGCCAUCUCAACCAGCUGCGCAUGCAAGGCCGGCUCUGCGAUAUCGUGGUCAACGUGCAAGGACAAGCUUUUCGGGCUCACAAAGUGGUACUGGCCGCCAGCUCUCCCUACUUCCGGGAUCACAUGUCCUUGAAUGAGAUGAGUACUGUCUCCAUAUCCGUCAUCAAGAACCCCACAGUUUUUGAACAGCUCCUUUCUUUCUGUUACACAGGGCGGAUAUGCCUGCAGCUGGCAGAUAUUAUCAGCUACCUGACAGCUGCCAGUUUUCUGCAAAUGCAGCAUAUUAUAGACAAAUGCACACAGAUCUUGGAGGGCAUUCAUUUCAAAAUUAACGUGGCUGAGGUCGAAGCAGAAUUAAGUCAAACGAGGACAAAGCAUCCAGAGAGACCUCCAGAGUCUCACAGGGUUACACCAACUCUAAAUCGCUCCCUUAGUCCACGACAUAAUGCCCCAAAGGGAAGUCGGCGAGGUCAGGUUAGUGCUGUGCUGGACAUCAGGGAGCUCAGUCCUCCCGAGGAGUCCACCAGCCCUCAGAUCAUUGAACAGAGUUCUGAUGUAGAGAGCCGGGAGCCCAUUCUUCGGAUCAACCGAGCAGGACAGUGGUACGUGGAGACAGGAGUAGCAGACCGAGGGGCACGGAGCGAUGAUGAAGUGAGGGUUCUUGGAGCAGUACACAUCAAAACUGAAAAUCUAGAGGAGUGGCUGGGGCCUGAGAAUCAGCCUUCCGGAGAAGAUGGGAGCAGUGCUGAAGAAGUCACAGCCAUGGUGAUUGACACCACGGGCCAUGGUUCCGUAGCACAGGAAAAUUACACUUUAGGACCUUCAGGAGCCAAGGUGGCUCGGCCAACAAGUAGUGAGAUUGACAGAUUUAGCCCCUCCGGCAGUGUUGUCCCCUUGACGGAGAGACACAGAGCCCGAAGUGAGUCUCCUGGGAGAAUGGAUGAGCCUAAGCAGCCCAGCUCCCAGGUAGAAGAGUCAGCAAUGAUGGGAGUAAGCGGCUAUGUGGAGUAUCUCCGUGAGCAGGAAGUAUCUGAGCGGUGGUUCCGGUACAACCCCCGUCUCACCUGCAUCUACUGUGCCAAAUCUUUCAACCAGAAGGGGAGCCUGGACCGGCACAUGCGCCUGCACAUGGGGAUCACACCGUUCGUCUGCCGCAUGUGUGGCAAGAAGUACACCCGCAAGGAUCAGCUGGAGUAUCACAUCCGCAAGCACACAGGCAACAAGCCCUUUCACUGUCACGUUUGUGGCAAAAGUUUCCCCUUCCAGGCCAUCUUGAAUCAGCACUUUCGCAAAAACCACCCUGGCUGUAUCCCCCUAGAGGGGCCUCAUAGCAUCUCCCCUGAAACAACUGUCACGUCUCGAGGACAAGCCGAGGAAGAGUCACCUUCACAAGAAGAGACAGUUGCUCCCGGGGAAACCGCCCAGGGCUCAGUGUCCACUACUGGGCCAGAUUGAAACAUUGAAGGGGAGGGGGCAGACCCUCUUCCCCUUUGGGCCGUAAGCAGCCAGCAUCGGGGCCAUGGGCUGGUGCUUCGAUUCACAAAAUGCCACAUCACUAGAUCGGAAGAUGCUCCCAAGAUGUUGCCAAACUAGAGGAUCAGCAACAUACACAAAGUACUAGAGGCUUUCCCCCUCCUCCUUGCCACCUCACACUUUGAAAAUAAUCAAGCAGAUCAACUUUCUAAUUCAGGGAUCAACAGCCUUGGUUUGUUAACUUUAUAAGAAAAAGAUUUUUAACAAAACAAUGAUAAAUGAUCAUUUAUCUACCAGUCACAUUUGAACACUGUCCUUUGGUCCAUAUCAUCCUGGUGGCUGUCACUUGCCCAGAUCUAAAAAAAACACAGCAGGAGCCUUGGUCCUCGAACCAGCUGACCACAAGAAAGAAGGCAGUAAUCAUGAUGGUGAUGAUGAGGAAUUUCUUUUCUUCCUUCCUGCCGGAAUAUGCAGUUUCGCAUUUUGAGGGGGGGUGAGAUUCCUGGUGCUUAUUGUUUGGAAAGGUUAGAUCUUCUCUCUGCCUGCCCAGGCCUCUGGUUGCUGGUGGUCUCCUGUGGCAGCCGUGCUGGAGCACUUUAGGCAGCUGGAGGUGAAAUGACAGCAGUUGCAAUAGGUACCGCUCAG